AGAUAAAGAUCCUGCCAGGCUGCCUGCGAGCCCGAGGCUCCCGUCCCGGGUAUAUAUUUCCCGCCUCCCCCUACACAUUUCCCUUACGACAUCCUCGACAUUCGACCAAGCACAAGCAGCAAAGAGACGCAGAGGGAGGGGGACUGGUUGCUUACUGCCUGAGUGCCCUGUGCUGGUUAGCUUCGACCUUCAGCUUCUAGCGCAUGGCGGACAUGGGGGUGCGUGACAACUUGCCCUGCUCCACUUCCUGGAGAGAGCUCACACACACCAGCUGGAGGGAUGACGAUUACAGGAGGAUGGUGAUGGCGAGCCUGAUCGAGGCGGUGUACCUGCUGGAGCUGGAGAGGCAGGAGCGGCGGGACGCGGCGGAGGUGGCGCAGCAGUGGUGGAAGCCCUUCAGCUACCGCCUCGUGCACGAGCUGGUGGACGAGCGCGACGGCUCCGUCUUCGGCGCCAUCUUCGAGUGGGAGGACCGCCACCUGCUCGACCGCCGCGGGGAGGAGGAGAGGCCCACCGGCGCGCCCAGCGCGGUGAUCGCGUUCCGGGGCACGCUGCUGCGCGCGCCCACCAUCCGGCGGGACGUGGAGGACGAGCUGCGCCUGCUGGCCUGCAACAGCCUCCGCGGCUCCGCCAGGCUCCACGGCGCGCUGCAGGCGCUCAGGGCCACCAUCGACAGGUUCGGCUCCGAGAACGUGUGCCUCUGCGGCCACUCCCUCGGCGCCGGCUUCGCGCGCCAGGUCGGCAGGAUGCUCAUGGCCUCGCGCCAGCAGCAGCCGCCGCAGCCGCAGCAGCAGAACCCCGCCGCGGCGCUCGAGUUCCACCUCUUCAACGCGCCCUACCUGUCGCUGCCCACGGGCGUGCGGAGGGUGGUGAGGACGGCCGACUGCCUGCUCAAGACGGUCCGCACCGGCGUCGCCGCCGUCGGCAGGUGGCACGGCAAGGCGCUCAAGAACGUCGCCUACGCCAACUGCGUGCUCGGCUACACGCGCCUCGACAGCGACGGGAGGAGGUUGUUCGAGUGAUGAGAAGAGACCAUGCCGCAACUGCAACUGAUCUGCCACAUCCAUGGCUGACGCCAUGACUCGCCUGAAGAGAGGGAGGGAUCCAGCGCUGAAAACGUGCGACUGUACUGAAAAUCCCAAACACGCGGCACGUAUCUCGAUCAUGGAGGCCAUGAUCCCAACGAACGAACGAUCUAUCUACCAGCUUGUACUACUAGUAGGAUUCAAUUUGAAGGAGACAAUAAGCAUCCUGCCCGGCCCGGGGAUGCACGGCUUAGGUAGCUAGCUCAUUAGCCUGCAUGCUUGCUCUCUAGUCUGUACAUGUUAAUCGCUUUUCCACUGUCAAUUGUGAAUUAUACUAUUACUUA